GUUUUUUCUCUCUAGGUUUGAGAGUGGCUUUCUUCUCCUAGUGUUGGGAGUCAAACAAUCCUUGUUCCUCUAGUUUUCACUCAAAAACUCUUGUUUACGACCAAAGCAAAUCCUGACAUCGAUGACUAAACCAAGCAUCAAAGAUCUUAUGGUGGCUCUUGGAGGCAAGUUGUCACUAACGGUUGAAGAAGAUGUUGGGCUAGAUCUCGAUGCUGACAAGCAAAACAAUCAGCCGAUAGAGGCGGCUAAGUGGUGUUUGGUCCACACGCUCCUGAUAAGGAGUCGAUACAAUCUGAAAGCACUAAAGAAUAUGCUAGCCAAUGUGUUGGUAGAAGGACCUUGGCAUUUUGUCAACCAUACCAUGGUCCUUAAGAAGGCACACGGAGGUAGACAAGUGACAAAGGAAGAAUGGUUUGAAGUCUUAUUUUGGGUUCAAAUUCAUGGUUUACCACCGAACCCAACAGAAACAGGGCGACCAAUUGGUGCUGGGAUGAGCCGACUUAUUGAUGCUGACAUAGGAGACAGGGAUACAUGAGGCUUUGAGUUUAUCCAAGUAAGAAUGGGCAUUGAUACUAGGAAGCCACUUUGAAUAGGGAUGAGACUUUCAUUAAAAGAGGACCAAUUUG